UGACAAACAAAUGCAGGCAAUCUUUUGAUAUUCGCAGAUUUUGUGACGAGUGAAAAGAGAAAUUGUUCAAUAGUUUAAUGAUUUCACAAGCAAUGUAAUUAAUAAAAAGUGCAUUAUCGCACCCGUAUUAGUAUAUAUUUCAUAUUCAUAAAAUAUUCAAAAUGAGAUUAUUUAAGAUUUUGGGUUCCAGUGUGUUUCAAAUUCUUUCGAUUUUGUUUGUUGUGGGUUAUCUUCUCGGUGUUUUGAAUUUGUAUUUUAGUGACAAAAAUAACUAUUGUGUUAUGACUUAUAUGUUUGAGUAUCCACAAUUUGUACGAUUAUCUGUACCUGAAAAUAAAAUUUAUCCGCAAUAUGGAUUAUACGCAUAUAGUGAGGGAAGAUUUACUGAGAGAGCCAGAAAAAUGUGGUUUGAUGGUGUCCCAGUUUUAUUUCUACCUGGGAACUCAGGUAGCCAUAUGCAAGUCAGAUCACUAGCAUCUGUGGCUCUAAGGAAGGCUCUUGCAAAAGGAUACCAACACCAUUUUGAUUUCUUUACAAUAAGUUACAAUGAGGAAUUAUCUGGACUUUAUGGUGGGGUGCUUCAAAGUCAGACCAAGUUUGCAGCAGCUUGCAUUACAAAGAUCUUGAGUUUAUACAAGAGUAAUAGGUAUACUAAGUCUGUACCAUCAUCAGUUAUCCUCAUUGGGCACUCUAUGGGUGGACUAAUAGCCAAGCGAUUGUUGGCCUACCCAAGUACGUUCAACGCGACGUCGCUAGCUAUAACAUUGGCAGCGCCAUUGGAAGCUCCUGUAGUCAAUGUGGAUGUGGCCAUGGAUGACUAUUACAUGUUAAUGGACUUAGAAUGGAAACUAAACAUAAAUAGUCAAUUGCAUGUUAAAGAAAAUAAGAUGCUGCUUAGUUUUGGAAAUGGCCCUCGCGAUGUAUUAAUGCCCUCUGGUUUGACUACUUCAAAUGAUAGUUACAUUAAUGCUUUGACUACUGCAAUCCCAGGAGUAUGGACAUCACCAGACCAUGUAUGCAUAGUUUGGUGCAAACAACUAGUGAUGGUUAUAAACAGAUAUUUAUUCUCUAUUGUGGACCCUCAAACGGAACAGCUGAGUGAAGAUCAGCAAGUAUUAAAGCUACAAGCUCGCCGGUAUUUCCAGGCUAAUCGUUCAAUGAUUUUGAGCCCAGAUAUACCUCGUGCAAAUAUGACCAUGGUUGCUGAUGCUUUCUGGUAUGAAGAUAAUAGAAGGAUCUAUCAAAUAGCGAGGCCGCAGAUAGAAAAAAUGACUUACCUUAUGAUCCGGCUGGUCGCCUUUCCACAGAACAGAUUUGUGGCCAUAGAGGCAGUUAAUCUUGAAGAUAAAGAAUGGAUAUUUGGGUGCAACGCAAAAUAUACCUACUUUUCAUACAGAUACUGCAAAAAUGCUAUAUCAUUGAGCGAAUUAAGCCGCUGGACGGGCGCUGCCGCUGACUUUGGCAAACGUAAACUGGCAACGAUAAACUUACAUAAAAUUAAAGAGGCUUAUCCCGAUUGGACGCAUGUUAUCGUCAAAGUUUCACCUACUAGGAAACCGAUAGUGUUAAACGUCGAUAUAAAUGAUCAUGCGUCACGAGAGAUUAAAGUGGACCUGCCUUCAGAAUUUUCCUUCGGGAAGUUUGUUGUAGUCAAAGAGACGGAACCUGAAAGUUUGUACUACGAGCUUGUAUUGAAAAACUUCAAUCUAUUACACCAGGCUUAUCUAUUACAUGUCGAACCAACAGCGAGUUGCAAAGCGACGCAGUACCAUGUAUCGGCUGAGUUACAUGUGCCGUGGGCACCGAACCAUGAAACCUAUCAUUAUUUUACACAAAUGAAGCAAUCGCCAAUGAAGUUGAGGUUGUACAGAAGUAGCCCCAACGCGACACAAGGUCUUCACACAACUGAGCAUGUGAAAGUAACUUUACUGCUAGACCCACAAUGUACUUAUACCAUAAGUAUAUCAACGUCUUGGUACCUGCGUCUCGCGCAACUAGCUCGCAACUACAGUCCAGUGCUCGUUCCUUAUGCUGCAGCUGUUUUAUUACUAGCUGUAAGAAGCAACAUACAGCAUUUACAGAAGCAUGGAUCUUGUAUGUCGCUACAUAGCGCUCUAAUGAGCGAAAGCGUGAAACCAUACUAUGCUCUUGUGUUUUGCAGACUUGGUGCUGCAUUUUUCUUAUCCAUCCCCUUCAUGUCGUUCCUGUUCGAGAGCGCGAGCUGGGAGAACCCGGAGUUGCGGUAUUUCAUAAAGUCCCUACUCGUGUUACCCACGUACAUGACAGCUCUGGGCUUUGUCAAUAUAAUGAUCACCGUCGUACUUGCAACUAUGGUGUUCUCCUCGCAGAUUGCACAUAGAUUGCUGUUUAGAAUAAUGUGGCGCGGUGGGAGUGGUCUCGCGGAGAAGGUGGCAUCGGGUCUUCAGAAAGUGCCAAUGGUGGUCAGCGCUGGAUUACUCUGUGCUGCGCCGUUAUCCUGUGGAGCGGCUUCACUCGUCGCCGGCGCGGCAUUUUAUGCAUUUAUGGUAUCGAAAAUGUACGAAGAAUAUUUAGAAGAUUACGUAUACAAACUGAUGGCUAAGGUCGGCUCAAGAGUUUGUUACAUGUUUAAAAAGAAAAAUAGGAACACAAAUGAGGCUGAAACUAGUCUUGUCAAAGCUGAAGCGACUACUCAAGAAGGGCAAGGUGAUGGGAAUAAUGAAACGGGUGUGUCGUCAGAGAACACAUGCCCAUCAUCCAAGGGGAGUAAAAAAGAGAAGCAUUCGGAUGUGGAUGAAGAUCUCAGCAAUUUGAACUUCCACAUGAUGAUGUUUUCGAUGUGGUUGGCUGUGACUCUAGUCAAUGUGCCCGUGUUACUCACGUGGGCUAGGAACUUUUCAUACAGCAUGGUUCUGAAGCCUGAUACGUCAUAUAACACUGGUUUAAUCAUGUCAGCCUGUUCUACAUGCGUGUGGCAAAUGAACGGACCCAGAAAGAAUUUGAGACACUACGAGUCUGUCACAGCUCUACUGUUUUCGAUGGCUGUGUUUCUAUUAGCUUUGGGUCCUGUAACCCUGACUUUGGUCAAUUACGGAAUAACAUUCAUGUUCGCCGUGAUAACUGUGCAACAGAUCUGUGAUAAGGAAGAUAUUGUACCUUCGAAAAGCGACGAAAAGAACGAAAAUGAUGAUAAACCAAAUAUAGAAAAUGAGAAAGAAAAGACGCAUAACCAGAAUGAAUCGAAUGAGAAAAGUCAAGAGGAUAAAUGUGAUGAGAACAUCAGUGAUAAAGCCGGUGAAACUUCCGAAUUAGAGGACGUCACCGAGGACUGCGAGGUUUGCAGCGAGAGUAGAAUAUUCAACAUUUUUAAACGUCUUAGAGACAAAAUGAGUCAUACAGAAAACUUAUAAAAUGUGCAUCACAUUUUUCUCUAUAUCUUUGCGCAAAUUUAAAAUGUGUAGCAUACCAUUAGAAGAUUUUACAAAAUCUCUUGAAACGUAUCGUAACAUUCGACUUAUUUAUCAUAGUAUAGACAUGUUUUAAUGUUCUUUUACUAUCUACCUCGAAUUAAAAGUUGUUAAAUUCUUCAUGAGAUAAAUUGUAUUCGUUUUUUAAUGUAUUGUGACUUGACAAAUGAUAAAGUGGGCUGACGACUGAAGGCACCCAUCGGAUCGCGGGAAAAAGGUACAUCUUAAUAGCAAGACUGGUAAAACUAGCGCAGCUUGAAAGAGAUGUUCACUCAGAAGUUGGUGGAUAGAGGUUGGUGAUAGAAUUUGUCAUGCCCUAAUAUCCAGUGAAUAUUUUUUGACGUAUUUGAAAGUUUUAAUUAUACAUUUUUUAUUGAAAUAGAUAAUAUUACGUACAUAAGUAUAUUUUUUUACUUCGUCUCAAUGUGUAGCAUAAUGUCUUUUAAACUUUUAAUCCAAGCACAUUUGAAGAAAUUACAUUCUAAUUAUAACCACUGUUUCAAAUAGUUUUCUAUUGUAGUCAUUUCAAAGCUAUAUAGCACUUAAAGGCUUUUAUAUAAAGCACAGUUUCCAUUUUAAUGUAAAUAAAAAGAUAUUUAACCUUCCUCCUAAUAGAGGAUACAUGAGAUUACAUAUUAGAAUAGAGGAACAUAAUUAUUAUGUUCUCAUUUUAAAAUGUGUGUAGUAUGUUACAUGUAGAAAUUAUUGAAAUGUCAAUAUUUAGCUGACAAAAGAGGUAUGUUAAAGCCUCGUAUACACUAUAUAGACAAUAAAUUGAGUGUCACAUUUGCUUCUAACACAGAUUACCAUAAACUAGUCUCAAAUGUUUCCGAGUGAAUACGAGGCUUAAGGCACUAGAAAUAUGGAUGUAUUUAAGUAUGUAGUAGGUUUUGAAUAAUGGUUCUAGUGCCUUAUCUGUAGGUAGGCAAGUAUGUAGAUCUCUUUAGGAUGAACAAAUUCAUGUAUUGCAUAUCAUUGAGAUAUGAAUGUUUACUAUGCAUUUUAUUGAUUGAAAUUACUUGCCCAAACUGAUAGAGAAGAGCUAUGUAAUUAAGCUCAUACUAAGCACAUCCCCAAUAGUAAUUUACUAAAACCUAAUGAUAUUGUCUUCCCUUCAUACUAUUUUGUCAAAAAAUUCAAGAUUCGUUUAGAAUAAUGUUUAAUGUAGAAAUGUGAAUGUUAUUUAAUUUAUCAAACCUUAAGUGAAUGCAUUUAAUGAUAAAAUUAAUUUACACACCUAUUGUCUUACAUUAUAUCUCGAAAUACUACAAUUGAAAGGUAAAUCAUUUCUUACUAUUUGAUUUCUCUGAUUAAUAUUUGAAAUGCAGCAAUAAUGUAAGUGAAGCUCAAAUUUUUGUUUUUAUUUAUUCAUUACAAAAGUGAAUGUGUUGUGAAUGGUAAUUUAAAAUUAAUUCAA